AUGAAUGACGUAGUGAAUGAUUUCUACAUAGAAAACAGAGAAAAAGAAUGAAGCAGAUGAUGACAGCUGAUUUGUUUAUUAUCGAGACCAGAUUAUUUUCAUUUUAAUAUUUUCAAAAAAUUAACAUAUUUUAUAUAACUAUAGAAAAUGAGUGAAUUAACUCCUGAUGAGAUUCGGCGUCGCAGACUUGCUGGCACUCAAAGCUCUCCAAGUCAGUCAUCACAGGCUAGUGGUGGAUCAAGCCAGGCCUCGGACUCGCAGACCACCCCAUCUCGAACAAACAGUACACCCCCAAGUAGUCUUAAUGUUGAUCCAGUGACUCCGGAUUCUCAAAGAAGCUUGGAUAUGGAUUCUGAGUGCUCAGAGAAAAAUUCUCAAUCACAGAUGGAUGUGGAUUCUGGAAUAGAGACAAUGGAGGUCGAUGAUCAGGACAUGAAGUUUGAGAUAAAAAGGAGAAGGGACACUAGUAUAGGAUCAGAAGCUACUGUAGAACAGGUGACCGAGGCUGCAGGUCGAGUGUGUCUGGUGUCCUGGAAUGAGGAGAGGGAGGAAGCAGUCUAUAUACCUGAACUUGGAGAUUCUGUAGAUGGAGGUGACAGUAAGGAAAUGAUUAACCAGGCAUUGAUGGAAAUGCUGCUGAAAAUUCGGGAUUCUUCUGAAAACCCCGUGUUGAAGAUCCGACCUAAUGUUUCUUACGCUGUAUCACCAAAGAAACCAGGAUCAAGCCCAAGGGCAGUUAGCACCAUGAUGUCCCCAGAUAUGCAACCAAAGCGAGAGUUUUCUGAGAAGUAUCAGCCAGAGAAAUGUAAGGAGAUAGAAAUGAUGAACUACCUGAUGGACUGUUAUGAUCGAGCUGCACUGGAGGAAAGAUUGGCUCCCAAGAGAGCAAGUGUUCCUCCACUAAGCUUGAUGUUGUCCAGCGCCAGGAGACAGUGUGUCUGCCAUACUGCAUUAGUUCUACAGGGAGCACUAACAAAACCUAGAUCUGUUGGUGGUACUUCUCUACUUCUGAACUACUUAUUGUCUCACAACUUACCCAGAGGCUUUCUCCCAGAACUUGUACAAACUACAUGUAAUGACCCAGAUACUUUCAGAAGAGUAUUUAUCCCAGUAUUACAAGGCUUAAGUCGACACAUCCACUCCAUGUCUCUGGAUACAGACCAGUACAGGGAACCUCUGUCUGUUCUCUCGGAACUCUGUGAAAUCAAGAGUGGCAGCACACGACCUAUAUGUGGCCUGGCUGUACAGCUGUUGAAUUGGAUCCCAGCCUCUAUGACCCAGGCCACAGGUAUGGAGUUAGAGAAGCUUUCCUGGCUCGGACCAUUCCUAGGUGUGUCUGUAUUUGCUGAGGACAAUACAAAAGUUGUGGAGAAGUUUUUCUCAGGUCACCAGCUGUCUGCGGAUAACACUAGACUGAUACACCAGUCCUUACAGCAUGGGUUGGAGUAUGUCAGAACAGAACUGUUCAAAAUCGUACACAAUAUUCUAGUCAACGGGCCCAGCAGAGAUCUAGCUCUAACUUACUUAGCCACAGCACUAGAAAGGAAUGCCAAGAAAUCUCAGAUACAGGUGGAUGAAAGAUAUGUUGCAGGAGAUGGAUUCAUGCUGAAUUUAUUGUCCGUCCUACAACAAUUAUCGGUGAAAAUUACUCUUGAUAAGGUUGACACCUACUACCCUUUUCAUCCAAACUCCAGAGUCAGCAUUAAGUCAGAGACCAGAUUAAAGGCCCUUCCACAGCAAGCUGAAAAGUGGAUCAAGGAGUUGUCCAAAGGAUCACCCCCCUGGCAGGACCCUAAAUUUCCCACGGAAUGCUUUUUCCUGACCUUACAUUGUCACCACCUGUCAAUCAUUCCCGCGAUCCGGAGAUACCAGCGCCGCCUACGUGCAAUUCGUGAUCUCAACAGAAUGGUGGAGGAUCUAGAAAAUUCAGAGUCACAGUGGAGUCAGUUUCCAAAUGCUGCCAGGAACAAAGAAAUGCUGAAGAAGUGGAAAUCUCAAGUUCAGAGAUUACAGAAGAGUAAACUGUGUGCUGAUGCUGCUGUGUUAGACGAGUCCCUACUUCGCCGUUGUUUAAAUUUCUACAGUGUUGUGUGUACAUACCUACUGAAAGUCGCAGACCCAGAGAAUAUGGGUCAAACUCUGCCAUUGUCCGGAAAUGUGCCAAUGCCAUUUGGAGCUCUUCCUGAUUUCUACUUAGAAGACAUUGCUGAUUUCCUCCUCUUUAUCAUCCAAUUUUGUCCGGAUGUCCUGAAUGACCCCUGUAUGAAGCAGAUCAUACACAUGCUGAUUGUGAUGAUGUGUAACAAUGAGUACAUAGGGAACCCCUACCUGACAGCCAAGCUUGUCGAGGUCCUCUUUGUUAUGAACCCCAGCGUACAACGCAGGACAGGAACUCUCAACGAGCAGUUCUUACUUCAUCCCCUGGCUCUAAAACACCUGGUACCAGCUCUCAUGAAGUUCUACACAGAUAUUGAGACGACUGGAGCCAGCAAUGAAUUUUAUGACAAGUUUUCCAUCCGUUACCAUCUCAGUAUCAUCUUUAAGUCAAUGUGGCAGACUCCACAACAUCAGCUCAACAUGAUAGAGGAGGCUCAGAAUGGUAAACAGUUUGUGAAGUUUGUGAACAUGUUGAUGAAUGACACAUCUUUGCAGAGUUUGGACUGUCAAGAGAAUCAUGAGGUCCAGGAGGUCCAGGAGGCCAUACAGAACACAGAGGAGUGGGAGAGGCAGCCAAAGGUAGGUCCAGGAGGCCAUACAGAACACAGAGGAGUGGGAGAGGCAGCCAAAGGAAUGGUCCAGGAGGCCAUACAAGAAUGUUUCACCAAAAUUGUGGAGAGGCAGCCAAAGGAUUUUGCCAUACAGAACACAGAGAUAAGAAGUGUGAGAGUGCAAUGUGUAAAGGUAGGUUCAUGUGUGGUAGGCCUCCUGAUUACAGAACACGGAGGAGUGGGAGAGGCAGCCAAAGUGCUAAGGAGAGGCAUGCCAAAGGUAGGUCCAAAAUUGGAGGCCAUACAGAACACAGAGGAAAGUUGGGAGAGGCAGCCUAAAGUUGCAAGUAUAAAAGUAAAUAAUUCAAAUGAACACUCUCUAGAGGAGUGGCAGAGGCAGCUCCAACAGUUGUGUGGUCCCAAGGAACUAGCUGAACGACUGGCAGCCAUGUUGAACUUCAAUCUCCAGCAAUUGUGUGGUCCCAAAUGUAAAAAUCUCAAGGUGAAAAAUCCGGAGAAGUAUGGCUGGGAGCCAAAGGAAUUGCUCAAUAGACUGACAGAUAUCUACCUUCAUUUAGACUGUGAUGAAUUCGCUACUGCCAUUGCCAAUGAUGAGAGAUCUUAUCGCCAUGAACUUUUCAAUGAUGCAAUCACCAGGAUGCAGAAAGCUAUGAUUAAGACAAAUGUAGAAAUAGAACAGUUCCGCUUCCUUCAAGAAAAAGUUGACAAAAUUGUGGUAGAAAAACAGAAGGCGGAGGUAGAUUACGGAGAUAUACCUGAGGAAUUUAGAGAUCCCCUGAUGGACACCCUAAUGUCUGAUCCUGUCCUCUUACCUAGUGGUGCCAUCAUGGAUCGACCAAUCAUAACCCGGCAUUUACUGAACUCUCAGACCGACCCAUUUAACAGACAGCCUCUUACUGAGGAGCAGCUAAUUCCAGCCAACGAUCUCAAGAAGAAAAUUGAAGCUUGGAAGCAAUCAAAGAGAAGAUAAUCCAGUAACAACAGAAAUCAACACCAUCCAUGUGUUCCUUUAGUUAAAUUCAUCUCAUGUCACUAGAGAAUUAGUCUGCCUUUAAGUUGUUUUACCCUCUCAGCCCCCCUACCAACAGUAGAUAGCUUCUUUCUGUGAGUUGUAUGUUGUCCUACAGUUAGAACAUACCCCGGUACAUGAAUAUUGAUUGGCUGAUCCCCGUUACAAUUUAAUCUCUGAGAAAUACUUUGAAUGAAGUUUAUUAUUCUAACAAAUGACUUUGUUCAAUGUUGUAGAAAAUCUGGAGUUAUAACAUAUUUGAAAGCAAGGUUUAACAAAUUUGUUAUUUAAUUGGUUUGGUUUUUCCACAGCAUCUAAUGAAAGAUCUUGAACUUUUUUGUUUUGUUUACAAAAUAUGAAAUAUUAUCGAAAUAUGAAUGAAAACAACUUGAAACAGAGAAUGCAUUGUUUGAUAUUUAUUGUGGUUUAGAUUUUUUAAUUGCAGACCAAGAGCUUUCUAAGAAUAUACUGUGAUCUUGUUUGCAUUUGUUGACAAGUGUUCCAGGCAAGUGAACAAAUUGUUCUAGGUGAUUGAACACUGCUCACUUAGAAUGAUUGGGGAGACUUCAUGCAAACCUUGUCUUUGUGUUUCUCCUCACUUGUCUAGUAUCAAGUUGAACAGAUUAUUUAUAAUCUUUAUGUUAUAACAGUCAUCACUAUUAUCCGAUUUCUUACUGUGUGAGAAAAAUUAAUACAUGUACAAAAGUUUUUAGUGAAACCUUAGAUAACUGCUUCUGAUUUUAAUGUGAAUUAUCCUGUUCCAUGUUUAUAGAGUUAUUUUUUUUUUCAUUGUCUUGAUAUCUGUACUUUGAACGUUUUGUUUACUGCUUUAUGAUUUCUGUAUUGCUUGUAUUGUUUGUUUGAUGUGGCUGUUAUUUCCUCGUGUUUACAAAGAUACUAGAGACCUUGCAUGACUUGUUUUAUGGUGUAAAUAUAAACCUCUCAGUUUUAAGUACACCAUUUGAAGUUUCUUUCUUGAAGAAUCUCCUUAAUAAUAGAGGGGGUAAUAUUGAUUUCUCCACACUGCCCCCUAUGUACAAUGAAUGCAGGUACGAGUAUAUUUGUUUGCCCUAUCAUUCUGUUUUGAUGCAAUGAGAAAAUGUCCAAAACUUGAAGUUUUAAAUAUUCCAACUAUUGUAUCCAUGUUCAUUGCACAGAAGCUGUGCUAUAAUUAUUUUCUCCCAUUUAUCUCUGUGGAGUUGUACUAUCAAUCUUUAUCGGGAAUCUGAACACUUACUAUACAUAUCAGAGUGACUAGUCAUCUACUGGCAUAAAACUCAAGUAGUGUUUAUAGCAGAGAAUUGUUAUUACUUUUACGAGGGCAUAAUUGCAGAGCAUUUUUCAUAUGAAUUGUGUUGUAUAUAUAUGUGCUUGUGCUUCUUGGUCAAAUUUCUUUAAAAAAAAAUUAUUUCUGUUAAAGUUUCUUGCAAAUUUUUGUCAGUUGCUUUUCAUUUCAAGCAGAAAUCAUAUUACAUGUAAUUAACAAAUAAAAGAAUUAAGCUACUUUGAGAGAGCUUAGGAAAGAAAAUAAAUCUAACAAUUAAUAUUUAAUUCAAUAAGGAAAAUUGUUAUCCCAUAUUUUUUGUGGUAUAUGAUUGUUUAAUAAUGCAUAUGCAUGUAAUGAAGCUCUUAGACAAUAUUGCUUACUGGCUCAUGACCUUGAAUUUUUCUGACAAGCUUGUGUGUGUAUGUGUGCUAUAACCAUUCUGUGAUUGUUUACAUGUGUUUUCAUCAUUUUGUAAUUGUUAUUUAUACAUGAAAAUACUGUUGUAUGUACAAAGGAAUUUUCUGGGACAAAGAUUGGGGGAAAAAGUUUGAUGUUGAUAGAUUGUAAAUGGCUGCAAUAAAGUUACUAAGAGAAUAAAAUAAGAUGUAUAAUUGAAUUUUAUAUAAAUUAACAUAGAACUACAAGAUGAAUUGCAUUCCACACAAAGUAAACAAUGUGCAAAGAAUUUCCUUUGCUGAUCUGAUAAAUAAGUCUGAUAUUUUA